AAGCGGCAUCGAUCGAAUCGAAUUGAUUAUUUCAAUUGUCAUUUUUUUGGAUCCAAUUUUCAAUUUAAACUUAAUCAUCAUGGGUAGUACGACCGCUGUUAAAGAAUCAAAAGAUGGAAUCAAAGAUCGAAAACGAAGUCGAAGUAGUUCACGAUCAAGUGGCAGUUCAAGAAGCCGUUCACGUAGUAGUUCCGCUUCAUCGCGAUCAAGUUCAAGUGGAUCAUCAAGUCGUAGUUCAAGUUCACGAUCCGCUUCUUCACGUUCAUCACAUUCAUCCAGUUCUAAAAGUUCAGGAUAUCGUCGUCGUUAUCAUCGUGAUCGUGGUGAUUCACCGCGUGAUCGACGUGGUGCACCACCACCAGCAUCAUUGAAAAAACGUGGCCCAUCACCAAUACCACCAUCAGCAUCUUUUACUCGACUUUACAUAGGACGUCUAACCCGUAAUGUCAAUCGAGAUCAUUUGCAUGAAAUAUUCAGCGCUUUUGGUAAAGUUAUCAACGUUGAUUUACCAAUGGAUCGUAUGCAUAGCCAUUUAAAUCGCGGUUUCGCUUACGUUGAGUUUGAAAACCCUGAUGAUGCAGUCAAAGCCGUAAAAUAUAUGGAUGGUGGCCAGAUUGAUGGCCAAGAAAUUAGUGCGUCAAAAAUCGAUCUACAAAAAGUACGAGGUCACAUUCCACAAGCUAAUCGAGGAGGAGGUGGUGGUAGAAAUCCUGGAUGGCGACCAAAUUCACCACCAAAUCGUAUCCGACGAAGAUCACCGCCACCACCACAUCCAUCACGACGACGAACACGUAGCCGUAGCCGUACACCACCACCACCUGUACGUGAUAACCGUCGCCGUCGUUCAUCACGAUCAAGUUCCGCAUCAUCUCGCUAAUCUACCAAACUAACAAACAAAAAUUCAUCGAAUUUAAAAUAAAAUAACCGAAUAUAUUUCGACAAUAAAAACAAAAACAAAAAAUCAUUUUCACCAUCAUAAUCAUUUUAUUUUAUUCAUUAGUAUAUAAAUGUCUGUAUACA